UACUUCACAGCUCCACCUACAGAGACAGAAGUACCACAAGAGCAACCCAAACUGCCAUAUAAGGUUGUAGGUCCUCUGGGAGGUCACCCACACCCGGGACCUCCAGCUGCAUACAACCCUUGUCCCCAGCCUCGAUACUGUGAUCCCGCCAGAUGCAAAGAUCCGAUUGGAUGUGCCCCAUCGUGCAGUGAAACCUGUUGCGCGGACGUCCUCAUUCCGCCCCCUACCCCACCAGUGGGAUCAGGGGCAGGCCCGUGCCCGGACACAUGUGCCCCAUCCUAUCUACCUAGCUGCUGUAUGGGAGCACAACCUCCAUUGGCACCCCAGCCAUUUCCCCCUAUGGGACCCCAGCCGGUAUAUCCCCCCAUGGGACCCCAGCCGGGGUACCAACCACCAGCUGGUUACGCUCAACCCGCAGUCAUUCCGCAGUCGCCACCGGCGUCAUGUGAUCAGAGUUGCUACGCAACAAACUGUGCUCCACCUUGCCCAGCACAGUGCUGUCGCAGAAAGAAGUCCGUGAUUCAUCACCACCGCAGCCGCAAGACGAGAGCGCUAUUGUCAGGCAUUGCAAUGUGUCACUAGCAUUUCCAAAUAAAAACACAGUGGUUGAAGUCCCACUUAAAGUGAACUAAAGUCAAUCCAAAUGGAAGCAAGCUAUAAAUGUGUUUAUAGUUAUAAAAAUAUGAGAUUGAGACGUUCGCCUCUCUCGUGACAACUGAAGGGACAUUUCAUCGAACAACAGUUUCCACGCCACUGGUGUUUAUUCUGCUCCAGUGUAGAAGUUUUUAGGAGUGAGAGACGAAGGACAGCUAGGAAGGACAUUUAUAAUUUACCCGCACAUUAGUUUCGAUGGUUGUCAUAUUUGUCUUCUUGUUUCGAGCAUAUUCUCUGUUUCGAUAGUUGAAUAAACAAUCAAAUUUCUUUUUAGCAAGUGGUCACCAUUGUAAACGCCCCAACUUUACGUUCUUCAAAGUACAGCCUAUUUCCUAGUUGACUUAAAAUGGCUUUUGUGAAAGUAAUGUGCCUAAUACACUCCUACUUCCCUGAGCGACCCUGUGCGACUAUCUCCCAGACAACGACCACUUUCUCACAUUAAAUACCAAACUUUAACUUGUCAAAUCAAUCUAGUUGGAAC